AUGCUAAAUUCCACAGCCAAAGCCACACUGAAAUUCAACGGCACUCUAGAAGGUACCAUCUCAUGGUUGAGCCCUGCAUCUGACGAUCUACCACUCACAGAAUGGGUCCUACCUCAUCAAGGCCACGAAACGAUUAUUGCAGAAGUCGCUCAAAUCCAUGAAAAAAUGAACGAAUUCGGAUUCACAAAAAAUCUUGACACAUACCGGCUCUCCCACAUCGGCCAUGCCAAAUAUAGCCGCGCAAUUCCAAAGGGUAAUUCAUAUAUCGAACUAGACUCGCCCAUCACAAACAACAUUUCCAGCCCAAGCGACAAACCAUCUUCAAGUUCUUCCAACCUUGGAAACAAACUUUUAGGUUUCGCAAGUAGCAAAGUACAGCAAGCGAUCAAGUGGCGCGAUCUCGAUAUCAUGUUUCGUAAAGGUCUCGAUUGGACUCCAAUUAUUGGAGGAACAGGUAGUAAAAAUCGCGUGCGCAUAUCUAUUUCGAGUGAAAAUUUACUGCAUUAUGUGCCGGAUAAUGCAACCACGGGUGAUCUGAUGUAUCAAAUUGAUGAUAGUGAUACGAUACUAAUAUUGAGAUGGGAUGCUAGUGGAAAGGAGGGAAAUGGUAGGUAUGUGGUUGUGGGAAGGGCAAGCGAGGUACCGCAUGCGGGGAGGAGGGAACAGGAAAUCUCGAGGUAUGGAGCGAGGGAAAGGGUUAGAGUUUGGUUGGAUGCUCCGACAUUGCAAUUGUUGAGUUAG